AUGGCAACUUCAACUAGUGCUAUAAACAUAAGAUUGGUUGAACCCAGAAACACAAUCAAAAUCCCGAAUACCACAAUAUCAUUGCUUCAACUAUGUCAUUUUCCUCAUGAAGUUGAACAAGUCCAUGCCCAGCUCAUAGUUUCUGGCCUAAUUCACCAUCCCUUGAAUCCUGGAAGACUGAUUGAAUCUUACAUUUCGUCAUCUCGCUUUUCUUAUGCGCUGUCGGUUUUCGAGUCGAUUCCAAACCCUGAUUUAUUCGCCUACAACAACAUGAUCAGAGGCCUAAUGCUUAGCCCUGAGUACCCUGAUCAUCUGUCCCUUUUGAUGUAUCAAAAACUGUUGUCUGCUGGGCUUAAACCCGAUAAUCACACGUUUACUUUCGCGCUUAAGACUUGUUCCCGCAUGAAUGCCUAUUUGGAAGGGAAACAGAUACAUGGACAGAUGAUGAAAGCUGGAAUAGAACUGAGUGUUCAUGGUCGAAAUUCACUGGUUUAUAUGUACUCGAUUUGUGGUGAUAUGGAAUCAGCCAAUCUGGCUCUUUUAGCUGAUGGUGAUAAUGAUGAGGAAAACGUUCUUGCCAUGAACUGUUUGAUUACAGGAUGCUUUCGCCAGGGCAAGGUUGAAAAUGCUCAGACUUUAUUCGAGAAGAUGGCGAAGAAGGACACUGCAACUUGGAGUGCAAUGAUCACAGGGUAUAACAGUUGUGAUAUGCAUGGUGAGGCUUUGCGUUUGUUUCAGGAAAUGUUGGCGGAUGGAGUUCAGUCGACUGAAUCGACACUUGUUGGUGCAUUGUCUGCUUGUGGCAGUUUGGGAACAUUGGAUCAAGGAAGAUGGAUACACAGGUUAAGUUUGUGCAAUUUUGAGAAUAUACAUACACAUUCUUUGAAAGUGUUUUCUUGUGUUCAAUAG